AUGGGGAAUUGGGGUCUGUGUCUGUCCAUGUCCAUCUCCCUCAUCUCCUGGUCCUUCCUCCUCCUCUGCUGUCUGUCCAGUCCUACCCAUAACCCCCUGUCCCCUGCUGACCUGGAGGACUUAAAGGCCGUCCCAGCAGAGGUCAUCAUCCACAGCUCUCCCUGCAGCACCACCUGCGGUCUGGGCCUGCGCACGCAGGAGCUGUGCCCACUGAGAGAGGGCCAGGUUGGGGAGGAGAAGGACUGCCACGUCCGGAAGGUCAGCUGUGUGGACUCCUGGCAGUGUGGUCUUCAGGUGAAUAGUCUCGACUUACAAAAAAAUAAUACAAAUAAUAAUACAUUCAGACCACAAUGGAUAAAAGUAUCUGAUGUUAUUGUGUUAUCCUUGUCUAUUAUCCUGUUCUAUUGUGUUAUCCUGGUCUAUUGUGUUAUCCUGGUCUAUUGUGUUAUCCUGUUCUAUUGUGUUAUCCUUGUUCUAUUGUGUUAUCCUGGUCCAUUGUCCUGUUCUAUUGUGUUAUCCUGUUCUAUUGUGUUAUCCUGUUCUAUUGUGUUAUCCUGGUCUUUUGUCACGUUAAAAAUGUUUUAUGUGCUGUAUAUGUAUUUUUUAAACUGAAAAAAUCACUUACCAAUCACUUACCAAGUCUUGUCCAUGUAGUAGAGAUUGUAAAUUCUGGGGUGGAGAGAGGUUUCUGGCAUCAGUAUCUCCUGUGGUUGUGCCCUUAAUUUAUUUUUUCUUCUUCCUCCUUCUCCACCUCCCAUUCCUCUUCCCCUCUACCCCCUCCUCCUUCCCCCAUCUCCUCCCCUCUACCUACUCCCCCUCAUCCUCUCCUCCCCCCUCCUCCUCUUCCUCCUUCUCUCCUCCUCCCUUCUACCCUCCUCCUCCUCGCCUCCUCCUCCUCCUACUCUCCUCCUCCUACUCUCCUCCUCCUCCUCCCCCCCCUCUCCUCUCCCUCCCCUGUACCUCCUCUCCUCUCCCUCUCCUCUCCUCUCCUCUCCUCUCCUCUCCUCUCCUCUCCUCUCCUCUCCUCUCCUCCUCCUCUCCUCUCCUCUCUCUCCUCCUCCUUCUCCUCCUCUCUCCUCCUCCUCCUCCUCCUCCUCCUGCCUCCUCCCUCCUCCUCCCUCCCCUUUCCUCCUCCUCCUCCCCCUCUCCUCCCUCCCUUCCCCUCCCCUCCCUCCCCUCCCUCCCUCCCUCCCUCCUCCCUCCCUCCCUCCCUCCCCCUCCCUCCCUCCUCCUCCCUCUUCCCCUCUCCUCUCCUCUCCUCUCCUCUCCUCUCCUCUCCUCUCCUUCCUCUCCUCCCUCUCCUCUCCUCCUCCUCUCCUCUCCUCUCCUCUCCUCUCCUCUCCUCUCCUCUCCUCUCCUCUCCUCUCCUCUCCUCUCCUACUCCUCCUCCUCCGCCUCCUCCCUCUCCUCUUCCUCCCCUUUACCCUCCUCCCUCCUCCCCCUCUCCCUCCCUCCCUCCCUCCCUCCCUCCCUCCCUCCCUCCCUCCCUCCCUCCCUCCCCUCCCUCACCUCCCUCCCUCCCUCCCUCCCCUCCCUCCCUCCCUCCUCCUCCCUCUUCCUCUCCUCUCCUCUCCUCUCCUCUCCUCUCCUCUCCUCUCCUCUCCUCUCCUCUCCUCUCCUCUCCUCUCCUCUCCUCCCCUCUCCUCCUCCUCCUCCUCUCCUCUAAAAUCCUCUCCUCUCCUCUCCUCUCCUCUCCUCUCCUCUCCUCCUCCUCUCCUCUCCUCCUCCCCUUUCUAUACCUCCUCCUCCAGACCAUCACUGUGCCAGCUGGUCAGCGGUUGGAGCUGGACUGUCUGGGUGAGGUGAUGGAGGCCAUGGGUCGCUUCUCAUUCCGCAUAUCGUGGCGCUACGCCCGGGGGGUGGUGACCACCGACGACUCUCUGCUAGGACGCUGGGACGCCCCCAGGCUAGACCGGCUGGUCCUGGACCCGGUGAGUGAGCUAGGUUGAAGAUAACCAAGGUUAAGUCAAGAAGGGUUCUAAUAUCCCAGAACUCUUUGCAUAAAUGCAGAAGAAUUCUAAACUAAGGGACCAAGAAUCAGUUACUUUUCUAAUGCUUCCUCAUGUGACUAGGACAUUGUCCUAACCUGAGUAUCUUCAACCUAGGUGAGGGAGGAGGAUGCUGGGACAUACCGCUGUGAUGUACAGGACACUGCUUACCGAAGGGUCAAGAGACUCUACCUGGGGCUCAAGGUUGGGAGACACUGCAUUUUAUCCAGACCUGGGUUCGAAAUACUGUUUGAAAUAAAUAAAAACGUUAUCUGUGUUUGAUUGAGGUGAAUGUUUUGACCUACCUAACCUUAGUUGAAUGCGCUGAUUUUAAGUCCCUCCGGGUAAGAGCCUUGGCAAAACGAAAAACUAAAGUCGAUGUAAAAUGUGAUCCCUCAUACUGCAAUUAUAUCUCCAAUGCACAGGAGGUUGGUGGCACCUUAAUUGGGGAGGACGGGCUUGUGGUAAUGGCUGGAGUGGAAUCAGUGGAAUGGUAUCAAAUACAUGAAACACACGGUUCCAUUCCAUCUGCUCCGUUCCAGACGUUAUUAUGAGCCGUCCUCCCCUCAGCUGCCUCCACUGCUCCAGUGUGAUAUAUUUAUUCUACCAUGUUUCGAACACACAGGUAUUCAUCAGGUCUGACAAAGUUUCGACAACAUUUCUACCACUCAGGUCUUCAUUGGCCAAAACAUUUAGAAAACAAUCAAUCGUUUAUUUUUUUUUGUCAAGUGUGGAGUGUCUUUUUCACCUUUCAUUGAACCAUUUGUUUAAAAAUCCAGCUCGGAGGAGCACAAAAGAUGUGCUUAUAUAAUUCCUUCUGUUAUUCCCAUCCAGGUGCUCCCCGCUGAGGCUCUGAGACUGGACUUCCCCUCUGCUCUGGCUCGGUGGGACCGCGGGGACGAGGGUUCCCAUGGCAACGUCAUCGUGGUGAAAGAUGGUGAGGACCUGUACGGCAGCACAGCCAUCAAGGACAUCGUGUUGAAAGGCUUCUGGGUCGCAGGGGUCACGGUGGCAGUCUUCUUCUUGGGUAUUGUAGCAAGAUGUACUACAUUACCCAUAAUGCUCUGUAAGCUUGCAAAAUUAAAGGUGACUUUUGCAAAUAUUCCCAGGUUUUCCGGAAAUCAUGGUUUUUUGGAGGGUUCUGGAUUUCCUGUUUUAUCCCCUCCUGAUUCUGGGAAUUUCCCAAACGCGAUUUCUGGAAAACCUGGGAAUUUUGGGGAAAGUUACCAGAAUAUCACAACCCUGUCUGUAACCAUAUCUAAAGAGAUAUCUUAUCGUGUUAAAGAUGAAAGCUGAAGUUAACACUACGGUGUCCCACCUGUCUCCGUAUUAAUACAGGUUUGUGCAGGAAAUACGCCCUGGCCCGUGUCUGCAUGUGCCGCCUCAAUAGUUCGCCUCUCCCCGCCCCUAACAGAAGCCCUUUCUCCAUUAAUACCAUCACCCCACCAGCAGGUGGCACUGUCAGCCCCGUGUGUACUGCUGCUGACCGAUACAAAUAAAUGGCUU